AUGUCACGAAAACGCGCAACACAAAUCACAGAUCAAAGUCCAACGUCGAAGCCUUUCUUGACCUUCAUGGAGCGAUAUUCGCAAAUCCGCAGCCAACGCCCCGUUCUUCAAGAGUUUUACGGCAAGCGCUGGGUUCGCCGUCACCAGCGCUUAGGAGCUUGGAAAAAAAAAGACGUCCAACGGCGUUUAAUCACAAACGAAAACCGCCAAUUCAAGCCCAAGACCCUUGUGAGGGCUAUCGGACAUGCUGGCACUGGGGUCGGCACCAGAACGACAGGCCAUUUAAGAUACGGUGGCAAUUGGCAUCGACGAUUUGCCGCCCAACAAGGCAUUGUACUUGUCACUAACGAAGCCCGUACAUCGAUGGUGUGCCCGUUUUGCCGUUGUCGCGUUAUGCAUCCCCGAAAAGUCAAAGGAGGCAGCGAAUCCACGCAAGGCAUGGAUGAUUCCUUGGAGUUUGACGUUCUUGGCUAG